AUGGCAACCACUGUGAUCCUGCAAGCACAUCUGCUUCUCAGUCUGUGCUGCAUGGCGUGGGGAAUACUAGAUCUUCCUAAAGUCAUUCGAGUCCACGCAGGCCAGAAAACACACAUUCUGUGCACCCACACAUGUCAAGAAGCUGAUAGUUGCAACGUCCAACUGGACUGGAUUGAUCGGCCUCCUGAGUUCCGCAGUUUGGAAGGAUACUACAAUACCACUCAUCACUCCCUGAAGAUGAAUGUCCAAGCAGGCAGCCAAGAAACGGAUAUUUAUCGCUACAUCACCUGUGUUGCCAAGACAACUGAUGGACACGUCAUAGAGGAAGACUCAACCCGGCUAGAAAUCUGCCCAGCUGAAACACUGAGUUGCAGAUUUGAUAUGAAACGUCAUCAAGCAUCUAACAUUGUCAGUUACGUGUUUGCGUGCGAGUACAAAUCCAAAUGUGGUACAAAGAUGCACUGCCAAAGUAACAGAGAGGGGUUAUCAUCAAGUUAUCUUGGUGUCAAUAAGACUGGGUCAUGGUAUGUGGAGGUGUAUGAAAUCAUCGGUCUGAUGCCUGGAGACAAUGUGACUUGUCGUCUUCAUUCGCCGUCAAUUGAGGAGCAUCUCCAGACCAGCUUUGAGCUCAUGCUGCCGGAAGAAUCCUCACCCGAGCUGACAACUCAGGCACUGACAACGCCAGCCCAUGCCCUGACCAACCCAGCGCUGACAACGCACGCCCAAAUGAAUCAAGCCUCGACAACACAAGUGCCAGUCAAAGAAACUAAGACAUACCCAACGCCUGCAGAAACUCCAACCAAACCUCCACUGAACCAGUGUCCUGUGAACUCAUGUGACUGUGCAGUUCCUUGGGUUCUGUUUGCCCUCACCUGGAUUGUUCUUAUUGGGGUCUCUGUGGGAAUUGUCUACAAUAAAUAUUGCAAGAACGAACAGGGUUGUACUUUACCUUCUCUACCGAGAUAUUGUUGCAAGGAUACUGAUUAAAGAAAACC